AUGCAGCAGGCAGAUCAGACGGUUCAGAUAAGCUUGAGACCCGGAGGCGUUGCUGGAACGCGAGGCAGCAGAUUUGCUCUGAGCCUCAGCAGCAGCUCCACUUCUGUUUCAUCUGACUCUUUCCCUCUUCGCCGCUAUGGUUUUAGUGGUUUCAAGACAUGUUGGUCUAAUAACUGUGGAUUUAUGAGUCAGAUGAUGCCAAAGAUUAAGCUUCAGACACAGUCCACCCCUCCCAAGCAUGCUUUAUUAAUUGGCCCAGCGUAAUGUGGUAUAUGUAAGAUGCAUACGUACAUACUCCCUCUGUUCCGAAAUGUAUAUCGUUUUACACAAUUUUUUU